AUGAAUAAAUCAACUUCUGGAAGUCAUAUAGGCAAAAAGGAUGACGUAAAUAUAAAUGAUACUGAUGUAUCCACGAAAAAAGAAUCAACAAUGUCACUGGAAGAACGUCGAAGAAUGGAAGAACAACAGCGAUUACUUUUGGCUCAAAUACAAGAACAAAGUGAUAGUGACGACGAUAGUUAUGACGAUGAUCCUGAUGAUUUUAAUUCUACCCAUAAUUCUUCAAUACUCUCAUUGAUUUCUUCUUAUGCUAGUGAAUAUAUUGACAUUCAGCGUGAUGCCUUUAAAGAUGUCAAGGAAAUUGUACCUCUCACCCCUCUCACCCCAAAACCUCUUAUCUCUCCUACUUCUCCAAGAUCUGUCUCGCUUGGAAAAAUAAAUCUUUCUUCUUUGAAAGAUGCUUUAAAUCGUCCGAGAAACUCAAAACAUCUCAGGAAUUUAAGUGAAAUGAACAUUUCUCCUCCUAAUAUAAACGAUCCUAUUCUAUUUGAAUCUAAAGUUGCUAAAUGGUCUUCUUCCUCUCCUCUUAAAAAAACUUCAAAUAAAUAUUUUAUUUUAACAAGAAAUUGUUUAUGCGCUUUUAAAAACGCCGAUAAAGCCGCUAAAAUUUUUGAUGGCUUACCUCUUUGUACUUUACCAAGAAAAUUAAAUGCUCUUUAA